AUGAUACAUAAGCUUCUUGGAUAUGAAAUGAAUCCAUUUUCAAUUACAGAUAAUUGUACUGCAGAUGGUGCGAUUUUAUACACUGUUGGAGGUGGUCAACAUGCUCUUUUGAUCUUUGAGGCAAAAAAUGAAAUUGGGUCAGGAGGAGGUGAUCCACAUAGACAAGCUUGUGGCUCUUAUGGAAAAUAUCUUCCAAUGGUACCAAAUUGUGAGAGAUAUCUUAAUCCUUGUUUUCUUUUGUAUCUUGCUGGACCAUGGCUUGGGAUCUCUGGUGCUUUUUUUGGGAAAGAUAUUAUAAUUGAACCUCUUACUCCUUUGAUACCUUUGGUACCUAUUCUAUGCCACCAUGAUCGCAUCAUAAAUAUCCUUGUUAUGUUUGAUGCAUUAAAAGCUGGGUUAACUGAACUAAAAGCUUAUUAUAAUGAUGUAAAACCAGAUAAAUUGGAUAUUGAACAACAGUCUCAUUUUCCUUAUCCACAUUCCUUCAAAAACAACAAUAAAAAUUCAUAUGGGCCAAUUUGUUUGAUUGAUGCCCUGUGA